UCCCGCCCCUCGGCCCGCCCCAAGAUGGCGAGCGGCGCCUGAGGGAGGAUCCGGUGCCGCCAUGGCCGCGACGCGGCUGGAGCUGAACCUGAUGCGGCUGCUGAGCCGGUGCGAGGCGCUGGCGGCGGAGCGGCGGGACCCCGAGGAGUGGCGGCUGGAGAAGUAUGUGGGUGCCCUCGAGGACAUGCUGCGGGAGCUGAAGAAGCAGUCGAGCAAGCCAGCCCCGGAACUGCUGAAUGAAUACUCUCGCAAAGUGGACUUCCUAAAGGGACUCCUAGAAGCUGAAAAAUUGUCCUCAUCGACGGAGAAGGCUCUGGCAAACCAGUUCCUGGCCCCCGGGCGCACCCCCACAACGGCCAAGGAGAGAACCCCGGCCACCAAAACAGUCCAUCUGCAGACCAAGGCUCGCUGCACGGGCCAGAUGAGGAGCGAGCUGCUUGGUACAGACCCUUUGGCUACCAAUGAUUCUGAGGAGUUGAACGUAAGGAAGCGGAAAGGCCUCCAGUCAGACGAGAAGCAGUCGGCAGUGGAGCUGGAUGCUGUGCUGCAGCACCACCAGGACAUGCAGGAGAAGCUGGCUGAGGAAAUGCUCAGCUUGGCUCGCAGCCUCAAGAACAACACCCUGGCUGCACAGAACGUGAUCAAACAGGACAACCAGACACUGUCCCAUUCCCUCAGGAUGGCAGACCAGAACUUCGAGAAGCUCAAGGAUGAAUCCGACCGCCUGGAGCAGCACGCGAAGAAAUCGGUCAACUGGCUGCUGUGGAUAAUGUUGAUUGUCGUUUGCUUUAUAUUCAUCAGCAUGAUUCUCUUCAUCAGGAUUUUCCCCAAAUUAAAAUGAUGCUUUUUUUUAAUUUCAUUUGAAGCUGCCAGCAGUGCAGCUGGAAAGCUCAGGUGGUGUGAGAACUGUCAGCAGUCAAUGUCUUUGCCACUUGUCACGUCCUUAAAGAGGCUGUCCAAGGCCUAUCCACCCUUGCAUCCCUUCCUUGUGCAGGCUGGGGUUCAUGGGGAAGGUUUCCCACACUUGGAUACUUGGUUACUCUUUACCUGAUGACUGUUGUUGCUGAUGAGAGUUUACACUAAGCUGCUGACAAGGUCUUCACUGGAUACAUCCAGUCAUUUUUAAUGUGGUGGUGGCAAAAGUUACGACUCCUAAAAGGCAUUUAGUCAAUAUGAAUAUAAACAACAGGUGAAGUCUUACACCCUUUCUUCACAGCUUUUCUGUGCUGACCUAGGACUCGCUGCCAACAGGAUAUUUAAUUUCAGUUCUGUGCAUACACAGCUGCAGGGGCAGGAAGAGAAUUCUGCCGUUGAGGUACUUGCCUGGCUCAGAUUCAGAGUUUCCCACAGGUAAAACCCUUCUCAGGCUCACCUUUCUCCCAGAUGGAUAUUUGGGACUUAGGACUUCACAGUCUUCUUCAGUUUAGAUUUAUUAUUGGUCUGGAGUUGCUGGCUGUUGCAGUGUUUGCUUCCCUUUUGUACCUGCAAACGUUCUCACUUCUCAUUGUUACGUUGAUGCCGUUGCACGAAGAAAACACCCUGACCUUGCCCCACAGAACUGUAAACACAGAACCCCAGGUGGCACAGACCUCACCUGUGCAAACAUGUUUUCACUUUAGGAUGAGGGAGAAGGAAGGUGGUGUCUUCAAGAUGGAAGUAAUAAUUAAAAAAAAAUACUCAGCUUUUUUUUUUGAGACAAAUCAUUCUGGUCAAGGGUUUGUGUGACGGUGUCAGUCUUUGUAGGUGCUCGUGGUAAGCUGAAAGCAAACCCUGUUUGUGGAGGGCCCAUCUGGGAAGGGUCGGUGUUCAGGAGUCAGGUGUGUCCUCCAGGGAGGAGAGGAGGGCACCAGGUGACCCCAGCUGUGCUUUGGCCAUUUCUGCUGCUGUUUGGAACCACCAGUUGGGAUGUUCCAGGCCUGGCUGGUGAUCCCAGCAGCCCCAGUCCAGGAAAAGGUGGGGAAAGAGCUGUUUGUCACCACUGGGUUCUUUGGAAAAUCUGGCUUUGCUUUGAGCACAUCCCAAAGCACCAGGCUGUGCUCUGUCCUGUCAACCCCAGCUGUGGCAAUGAGCACAGUUAGCACUUGUAACAUAAAAGUAUUUCAGUUCUUCUAACAGGAUGUUUGGUAUUUACUGUACCACUCACUUCCAGAAUCAUAAAUAAAUAUAAUACGAAGCUUUUUAUUUUCAGCUACUCAGAUGUGUGUGAGACACCUCCUGUUCAGGCAGAUUUGUUGCUUACCUCGAACUUUAUUAUAGAGAUUUAUAGUUGUAACAAUCAAUUUAUGAACAUUCCUACUUUUCCCAGUUGUUUUCUUCAGUUGUAACAUUUGACAUUUCACUGUACUUCGUUAGUCAAGGCUGUGUCACCAAAUUAUUUUUCAGUUCUAAUUGUUUACUACUUUCCCUGCAGGCAUUUCAGUGCCGAGCUCUUCUCUUAGAGGCUGAAUGUGGUGCUUGGAAUGCUUUUUGUGUGUGAGAUUUUUUGGGGAUGCAACAUUAAUGCUUCACAGCCUAUAACAUUUUCUUCUUCAUUACUUGAAAAUAAAUUAUUCUUUCCUAGCUUGCAAAA